GGGUAUAGACGAAGAGAGAGAGAGAGAGAGAGAACUCUAGCAGUCAGAUCUCGGCUGUGGUGAGGACACCCAGGAGAAGUGCAUUCCUGAGGUAACAAGCAAGGAGAAGGCAGCAAGAUAGAGCAGAAGAGUCACGGCAUCCUUUAAAAUCUCACCGCCACGACCACGUCUGACCUCCGCUGGACUUGCACGCUCCUCUCACACACAUAAACGCAGUCACACUCGCUGCCUCACACACACGCACGCAGACACACACACACACCAGCGGCACAGCCGGCUCUGCUGUUCCGUCAGAAGUAAAGGAUUUCACAGAACGAGGAAAAGAUACGGAGAGAGGCAAACAGACGGAGGAGAUAAAGACACCGAAGAGAAGGAUAAGAUCCUCUCACUCGAGUCAGUGCCAUGCAGUGUUGAGUUGAGUCAACCCAAGCUAAAGUGAUCUGUUCUGAAGUCCCUCUUACCGUUCACCUCAUCCUGCCUGGUCCCAGAUGGAGCUCAAAGUUUGGGUGGACGGAGUGGUGCGGGUUGUAUGCGGCCUUUCUGAAGAGACGUCCUGCCAGGAUGUAGUCAUUGCCCUGGCCCAGGCCAUUGGUCAAACAGGUCGUUAUGUUCUGAUCCAGCGUCUUAGGGAUACAGAGAGGCAGCUGUUGGCCACAGAGAAACCUCUGGAGUCCCUGGCUAAGUUAGGCCAACAUGGGAAUGAAGUUCAAUUCUUCUUACGCCGUACUGGCCCUAGCAGCAGCGACGGACCCAGCCCAAAACAAGACAGACCAUCUCCCCUCCCACUGCCCAAGCAUCCUGAGCCAGAGCCUUCAAAACGCAGCCAGCCUAAGAAAGCACUAACCUUUAACCUGGGGCCAUCCACCUCUCCUAGAACCAAAGAGAAACUGUUUAAGAGGUCUCCUCGGGAUUCUCCAGAGCACAGAGCCUCCCCCUCCCCUUCUUCAAGUCCAGUACCCACUCAUGUGCCAUCUCCCUCUCCCUCACCACCUAUAGGACCAUCCAAAGAGGAGGUCUUUAGGAAGGUUCUUCAGCAACAGGAGAGACUGAGGGCUUUUGAGGCCCAACUAGAAGCCUUAGAGAGGGAGUCACAUACCUGGGAGCGUUCCUACCCAUCUCCAUGUCCUUCACCAGUCUCUGACGCUCGCUUGCAGGAAGAGAUGGACGCUAUGGAGCAAGCGGUGCGGAGGAACCAAGCUGAGCUUGCCCAUGAGCAAUACUGGGAGGAGGAAUUUCAGGCAGAGGUGGAGAAGGAGCGAGGAAUGAGGAAAAAGCUUGGGGAUCUCCAUGCCAAGCUAGACGACUGUGGACGGCGGCUUCACGAGUUCUCUGUUCGCUCUGCUCAGCUGGAGCAAGAGAUCCAGCGGGAAAGUCAGGCAGAAAGGAAAGCCAGCAGACCAGAGGAGUCCCUCGAUGCUGUGAAGGCAGAGCUCCAGAGCCGGGACAGUCACGGGAAAGACCUGGAGGAGCAGCUAUCUGAGACUGACAAGGCUCUGGGGAAGGCAGAGUCUCUGCUGCAGGCCAAACAGGAGGAGCUGGAGGAGUUGAAUAAGGAGCUGAGGCAGUGCAACCUGCAGCAGUUCAUUCAACAAACAGGUGUCCUGCCAGCACACACACACUCACGCACAGAGCUUCAGGAGCAGUUGGAGCAGUUAGAGUUGGCACAUCUCCUGCAGGAUGGAUAUAGUAAUGGAGGCCACAGUGUAACUCUAUUGGAAUCACCGCCUCGCCCGACUGCCAAACAGUUCCUGGGACAUCCACGCAACCUGCAAAACCCUCUAGUGUCCAGUCUCAACCCUGAGGUCCUGACAUCCAGAGAGUCGUCAUGGAGAUAAAACAUGGACCACAGGGCCAAGGGAAACUUGUUCACUGUUCUGUCACCGUCACCUCCUAUUUAACCCCCUUUCUUUGUAACUCUUGUCAUUAUUUAAUCUAUCAUGAUGAUAUACAUACUGUAUAUACAUAAGACAAAUAUAUUUACAGAGUUUUGCUACUGUAAACACUGCAAGGUAUCUGUAUGAAAUGUAAAAUAAUCUAGAAACCUUUUACCUAGAGCAAUUAUUACUAUGACUAUGUAUUUAAAUAUAAUAAAAAUGUGCAUUGUGUUUUAGAUAAUUCUUUGUUGAGUGAUUGUUUUUCAUAAUACUAUUUAUGGCCUAAUGAUACUAUAAAUUGUCCUUGUAAUUACACAGUGGGAGAAGAGGUGCAGCACAUCUGGAAUACAGUAAAUAAUUAACACACCAGUGUACACUUUCUAAAAAUUACAGUGCCAUGAAGCUCCUAUGUGAAAUGCAAUAUGAAUAUAUUAUAGCCACUGAAAUAUGCAUGCUCCCUCCACUGCUUGUGGAACAACAAGCCCUAUGAUGCACUAUCAUUUCUGAGCAUUUUAGAGCUGAUAUUCACAGGUGGCUGAUUGCGGUGGAAAUGUAGCAAACAUGUGGACAUCACGCAACUGCUAUUACGGAUGAUGUAACGCAGCAUAUCUACAAGCAAUCCCCUUAGUUGUAAAUGCACCUUGUCGACAGUUUUAAAGUUCUUUGUGUGUUCACGUUAUCAGAAUAAUGAAUCACCUCUUUGUCUUACCACCAGAGGACAUCUGAUUGUAGAAAAUUGUGGACUUCCUCCCUCUGAAUCCAUGUGUGCUCUGUCUAUCUUUGAAUUAGACAACAAAACAAACGAUUGUUUUGUUAUAUUCUGUCAUUUGUGAUUUAAAAAAAAAAUCCUCUUGUCAUGAUAGGAUAAACACUCAGUUGCACCACUAAGGGCUUCUAUGCAACACUUUUGUCCUCCACCCCUUUCCUGUUUGUUUACCCGAGAGAGUAAAUAUCCUGGCUGCUGCACACAGUGACUUGAGCUUUCCUGCUGCUCUGGCUAACCCCUGACUGAAACCCUGUGGAUUUCUAUAAAUACUCUCAUCUACUGACACUUGCCAUGUACACUCCGAAGCACGUAUGGUUACACAUACUCUUUUUCCAUGUCCAUAUAUACAUGAAUGGAUAUCAGAAACUUUCUCAACACAUCAGAAAUAUAUUUAUACGUUUUUAAUCAAUCGCUUCCACUACAUGCCAGUGUUGUUCAUUCCGGACCAUGUGUUUACAAGUAAGCUGAUAGAUAUGAUUAAUUAUGUAGAAUUGGAUUUAACUGAGAAGAUUUAGAGCUGUCUGGCUUGGCAGGGGUUAGAUAAGCUCCAAAUCCUUGUUUAGUUCCCACUGUCUGGACAAGCCCACAGCAUGGUGCAACGCUAACACCUUCCUGUGGACAUAAAG